UCCGUCGCACGGCAACCCCAACCCGUCCCUGGAGCCGAUGGGCUAUCCGAGCCCGGGUGGCUCGGGACAACCGGUAAUGUCGGGCCCGCCGACGGUCUACUCGGCCUCGGACAACCCCCAGAGUGCCCCGGGCAGAAGGACACCUCUCGGAGCGGUCGGCCUUGGUGGCUUUUAUUUCCAGCAGCAGCCCACGCAGCCGCACGCCUCCUCCUCGUCCUCGGCUACCAACUCGGCCCUCACCGACGAGAACAGACCCGACCACGAGAGAUCUGGAGCUUCUCGACUAAAUUGUCCUUCAAAGUCGAAGACAACGAGGCAAGGAAAGAGCGUUAGAUUAAACAUAAAUGCCCGGGAACGACGAAGAAUGCACGAUCUUAAUGAUGCACUUGAUGAACUCCGUUCAGUUAUUCCAUACGCACAUAGUCCAUCCGUUCGAAAAUUAUCAAAAAUCGCCACAUUGUUACUAGCCAAAAACUACAUACUUAUGCAAGGAAAUGCCCUCGACGAGCUGCGGCGAGUCAUCGCGGUUCUGCAAUCGCCCCACGCCCACACCACGACCCUGCCACCAACGCCCGUCUCCUACGAUCUCCUGCAAGGCUUCCCCGGCAAGCUCUUUCAAGGUGUCCAAGAGCUCCAAGGCCUCCAGCCGACCAAUUCCCAGCAGCCGGUGAACGCUGUUAGUCCUGCGGAGGCCCCGGGCGAAUCUACUUGAAUUUUCUUUCAAACCUACUGCGCUUACUUUUGCUUUUAAAACGGCGAUAAGCACAUGAUAAGGACGAUCUCCUCACAAUACCAAUUGUGAAUUAUUCUAAGCCGGAAUUAUUUAAAAUGUCAAUUUUACACAGAGCUUUUCAUGAUUCAUUAUUUCAAGAGAAAUUUCGCGCGGCUAAUAGCGUAAUGUAAGAGGUAAGAAGAGCAAGUGUAAUUGAAAGGAAUUUAAAAAGAGAUCUUACACUAAAUAUAUCGCAAAUGAUCAAUAAUGGCUUCGGUAUUUUACAUGUGCUUUCGAGUAUAUGUAUCAUGUCAAUUCAAUUGCUUUGCAUUAUAAGACAA